AUGAGUUCUCUCGGUAACUUUCGAUCUGACUCGCUACUCCUUGGGUAUGAUGCUCGUGGUCCAGACUCUGUUACACUCAAUCCUUCACCACCUGGUUCUGUAGCAGAAGGAGACAGUCUGACUGUAACGUGUUCUGCUGCUGGCUGUAAACCACCAUGUUCCUAUUCCUGGACUCUGAGAAAUCAGAUGAUCUCAUCAACCUCUCUGUUAAAACUGACAAACAUCAACAGGAGUCAGACAGGAAAUGUAUGGUCCAGACAGUGUCCAACUGAACACCACUUCUCCACUGACAGUAAAGGAAGUAAUCCAGGACCUGACAUCAAACUGUUGAACAACUCACAGACUCUGUGUGAAGUGACAAACUCUAAACAGUCUGAGUACACGUGGAACGAGGCUGGAUGUCUGGAUACAGGAUACUAUACGUGUGAAGCGGGAAACAACAUCAAGUCAGCUGUCAGUGAAAGUGUGCAGCUUGUUGUGAGAUGUUCACCAAGACUAGACCAUCGAGUUCCAUUCCAGAAACAGUUUGCAGCGGCAGUAGGUGGCGAUGUAACUCUGAAGAUAUCAGUGAUUGCCAAUCCAACACCCACAUUCACCUGGUACAAACUGACUGAUGGAAACAAAAACAGACUCGGGUCUGGCGAUUCAUCUACAACUGACGUAUCUUCUGUUGGGAAACUCACAUUAACAAAUGUUCAGCAAGGAAAUAUUGGGACCUAUCAGGUUGUUGUGUCAAAUGGAGCUAAAAACACAGAUCUUGUGAAGAACCUGACACUUGAUGUAGCAGGUCCCCCAAAUAUUCCCAUGAAUGUCACAGCAUGGAGCAAUGGUUCACACUCAGUCUCGGUGUCAUGGAUAGAGACAUUUAAUGGAGGAUCAAUUCAAACGUUCCUUAUACAAUACCGAGCAGACACAACAUCACAGUGGACAAAUCUCACUGCAGAGUUUCCAGAGAAAGUUCUUCAUACAAACCACACAGCUGUCAUAUCAAAUCUUCAACCUGGGACGAGAUAUCUGGUGAAGGUUUUGGCUUAUAACAAAUAUGGAUACAAAGGAUUUACUGAAGAACAGGAAGCUUUGACUUUAAUUGCAGGUCCUCCGAAUAUUCCCAUGAAUGUCACAGCAUGGAGCAAUGGUCCACACUCAGUCUCAGUGUCUUGGAUAGAGGCAUUAAAUGGAGGAUCGGAGCAAACGUUUGUUGUACAAUACCGAGCAGACACAAUAUCACGGUGGACAAAUCUCGCUGAAGUGAUUCUAGAAAAAGGUCUCCACACAAACCACACAGCUGUCAUAUCAAAUCUUCAACCUGAGACGAGAUAUCUGGUGAAAGUUUUGGCUUAUAACAGAUAUGGAUACAAAGGAUUUACCAAAGAACAGGAAGCUUUGACUUUAAUUGCAGGUGAAUCUCUUGUACCAGCCUCAUCAAACAAAGUAACUGGAGAAGGAAUUGCCGUAGGGGUUGUAAUUGGGAUUGCUGUUGCCACCGUAGUAGUGACUGUUACAGUCUUUAUUUUGUGGCGACGAGGUUAUGUGUGUGCAUCUUUAAAAUCAGAUGGGAAGCAGUCUGAAGCUAGAGUACACCAACAUGUAUCGUUAGACGACAGAAUGCAUGGACACGGUAAUGGUAAAUUUAUAUUACUUUAAUUACCGACAUGUUUAUGAUUUCUCUCUAUACCUUUUUUAUAUAUCUUCAUCCACACUGCA